AUGUCAUGCAAUUCUGAUACAGAAAGGGCAGCAGCAGCAUCUGCAUCGCAAUCUUCAUCUUCUCCGCUUCUCACAUCCCAAGAUCACCAAUCUGCUGCAUCACCAGCAGCAGAAGUUGCAGAACCCCCAGUCUUCGAUUCAUCGUCUUCCAUCGUCACCAACUCUGAAGACAACCCAUCACCACCAUCGACUGAGCUCGAAAUCCCAAUUGGUUGGCCUCCCGAUGGCAAGCUCAGCCUCAACUGGAUACGAAACCUCAUGUCCGUUUUCGAUUGGGCUUCUAGAAAUAUCGAGCCCACUCAAUUGCCAGACGUAUUUCCCGUCGAGGUUUUUGAUAGCUUGGUCCUCUGUGCCUCCAAGAUCCUCCACAAAGAGCCCAAUUGUGUCGCCAUUGACAACUUAGGCUCUGAAUCCACAGUCGUCGUCGUUGGAGACCUUCACGGUCAGUUGCACGACCUUCUUUUCCUCCUCCACGAUGCUGGAUUUCCGUCAGAAAAUCGAUUCUUUGUCUUCAAUGGCGAUUACGUUGACAGAGGUGCUUGGGGUCUCGAAAGUUUCUUAAUUUUAUUGGCUUGGAAAGUGUUCUUUCCAAGAAGUGUUUAUCUCUUGAGAGGAAAUCACGAAUCCAAGUAUUGCACUUCUGUUUAUGGUUUUGAGAAGGAAGUGCUUACAAAAUAUAGUGAUAGAGGCAAGCAUGUGUACCGGAAAUGUCUUGGGUGCUUUGAAGGUCUUCCUUUGGCUUCCAUCGUUGGGAAACAUGUGUACACUGCACAUGGAGGGAUAUUUCGCCAUAUGCCUGCAACCCCCAAGAGAUCAAAGGGAAAAAAGAAUCGUAAGAUAGCUUUCAGUCCUGAACCAAGUUCAUUAUCUAUUGGCUCUUUUGAAGAACUAAACAAGGCGCGAAGAUCAGUUCUUGAUCCUCCAUGGGAAGGUUCCAACUUGAUUCCCGGCGACGUGCUCUGGUCGGAUCCUUCCAUGACUCCCGGCCUUUCUCCAAAUAAAGAGAGAGGCAUUGGUUUACUUUGGGGUCCUGACUGCACUGAUAACUUUCUGAAGAAAUUUCAACUGAAGUUGAUUAUCAGAUCACAUGAAGGCCCUGAUGCACGGGAAAAGAGGCCAGGUCUUGGUGGAAUGGAUGAAGGGUACACCAUUGAUCACAUUGUGGAGUCAGGAAAGCUCAUCACUUUGUUUAGUGCCCCAGACUACCCACAAUUUCAGGGUACAGAGGAGAGGUACAGAAAUAAAGGGGCUUACAUUGUUUUGGGACCCCCUAAUUUCGAUAAUCCUGUAUUUCAUAGUUUUGAAGCAAUUACUCCAAGACCAAAGGCGAAUGCCUUUUACAAUUUUGAAGAAGUGAUUGAUUCUGAUGAAGAGUUGGACUUGGCAUCAAUGGUGACUAGUCCGUGA